AUGCAAGGGCUUGAAAAAUGUUCAGAACCUUCCCAGAUAGGACUAGGACUUAUAUCGGUUACGAUUCCAGCCCUAAGAUUCCUUCCAACAGCGAGUCUACAGGUUCAACCGCAGAGCUCACCUGUCACUGCCCCGAAUGCAGUGGCUCGAAAAAUGUUCGGAAAACAUGGAAAUUCGCAUUUUCUUCAAGAAAAGAAGGCUCGGGAACUAGUACAAAUAAUUCAAGCCCCAAACCUCUCACCAAAAGCGAGUCAACUGGUUCAGCUACCCAGACUACCACUUGUCGCUGCCCUAAGUGCAGUGGCUCGAAAGAUGUCAAAAAUCCGUCCAGGGGCAAAGUUCCUACCGAUAGCGAGUCCACCGGUUCAACUGCACAAAUUACUUGCCACUGCCGUGCGUGGGAGUACGGAACCGCCGAACCCAUACAUGGUGCCUCAUGUCACUAUCUGGUCCCGUGGCUCCAACCAGGAAUGUGAACAAGGGGGUUACCGUGUCCGCCGUGAAUGCUUUCUGCUUUUCUCAAGUUUGAUGGUCCUUUUGAGGUCAUCAACUAACCCAUGCGAAAAGGACGUCAUCCGAUACAGUACCAAUCCGUCUGAUUCCAUGGUUUCCGUUCCAAGUUUUCAUGGUGCCACAGCUAACGAAUUGCUUCUCGAAUCACCUUGUAAGAAAAGCGAUGAUGCUUACGUGACAGCACCCAACGCAACCUCGAACACAAUCAGUUUGGUUCGUGAGGACAGCCGUUCAGGAGGACCUCACUCCAGGCAGUUUGCAUACCACGAUCUAUCCGAUGCCACUACGACAGCUCAACCUAUUUAUGACCCUAAAUGCCAAGGUGGAAGUAUUUCAUUGAUCAGCGACUCAACAGCAAAGCCUAUUGCCGAAACUGAUACUGUAAUGGACGAUAGAAAUAAAGAUAAACUCUCAAACUAUAUCGAGAAAUCGGAAAAGAAAGGACGAACGACAAGGGAAUCGGUGAUGCGUUGGGUCAGGCGAAAAGCUGAUUUUACCUACGCUAAAGAAGCUGAGAACUUUACAGAUCAGCACAAUGCCGAAGUCGAAUGCGUAGCAACAGGCAGACAUCAGGGCUUUGAGUGA